AUUAAAAAUUCUUCGAUUGUACCAUUGUUUGCCAAAUAUUAUGUUAUCACUUAAAAAUUCAAUUAGUCUACGUUUUAUAAAACAAAUUGUUUACCAAAGAUAUGCCUCCACCCAGGUAAGAGUACGAUUUGCUCCAAGCCCAACGGGGCAUUUGCAUUUGGGAGGACUACGUACGGCAUUGUACAAUUAUUUGUAUGCCAGACAUCAAAAUGGAAAAUUUCUGCUGCGCAUUGAGGACACAGAUCAAACUCGUCUUGUGCCAGGAGCCAUGGAAAGCCUUAUUGAAGAUUUGCAAUGGGCUGGCAUAGAAAUCGAUGAGGGACCAGGCUCCAAAGUUAAAGGAUCCUACGGCCCUUAUAUACAAAGCCAAAGAACAAAAUUAUAUUUAGAUCAUGUUGAAACCUUGUUGCAGAAUGGUUCCGCCUAUCGCUGUUUCUGUACGGAAAGAAGGCUGGAAUUACUAAGAAAAGAAGCCUUGCGCACAAGACAAGUUCCCAAGUAUGACAAUAAAUGUCGCCAUCUUUCCCAAAAACAAAUUGCGGAGCUUUUAGGAAAGUCUGCUCCUUUCUGUAUACGCUUCAAAUUAAAUGACUAUGAAGAGCCUUUAAAUGAUUUGAUUUAUGGUCCUGUUCAUCAUAAUGUUAGCCAAAAUGAAGGUGAUCCUGUUAUUAUGAAAUCAGAUCAAUUUCCUACCUAUCACUUUGCCAAUGUAGUGGAUGACCACAUGAUGGCUAUUACUCAUGUUUUUCGUGGUGUUGAAUGGCAAAUAUCAACAACAAAGCAUUUACUUUUAUAUAGGGCAUUUGGUUGGGAACCCCCAAAGUUUGGUCAUCUCCCUCUUUUGGUAAAUGCUGAUGGCACUAAACUGAGCAAGCGUCAGGGUGAUAUUGGCAUAAAGAGUUUCAGAGAAAAGGGCUAUUUUCCAACAGCACUUCUUAACUAUGUGGUGUCAGCUGGCGGAGGUUUCCCCCAUGAACAGUUUACAAAACUAAAAGUGUACUCUUUAGGGGAACUAUCAGAAAAGGUAUACAUUUCUUGUAAGACUUUAACUUUGUUAACUUUUAAUAAACUUCAUCAACAGUUUACCAUUGAAAAUGUAAAUUCCCAUCCAAGUCGCCUCAAUCCAGAUCUUCUGGAUGAAUUUAAUCGCUUGCAAAUAAUAGAUUUACUGAACUCAGAAGAUUCAACAGAGGCAUUGGUUGAAAAUGUACAACAUUUAGUGAAAACAACUUAUCCCACAGAAACUAAUUUAGAUCUUAAUUCUACACACAUAUUAAACAUUCUCAAAUGGUCAUCUAAGCGCCUGACAUUUAUCAAAGAUUUGACAGCACCAAAAUUAAGUUUCCUUUGGGUAAAGCCAACAAGCUAUAAAAUAGAGGCUAUUACAAAAGAACAAAUGGGAACACUUAUCGAGUCCUUGGAGAAAGAAGAGUUUGAAAAGGAUCAUUUAAAUAGUGUACUGAAGAAUUAUUGCCAACAAAACAAUGUUAAGUUCCCCACUCUUAUGAAGUGCUUAAGGUCUGCCUUAAGUGGCUUAAAGGAGGGCCCUGGUGUUGCUGAAAUGAUGGAAAUUUUAGGUAAACGUGUUACACUGCAAAGACUCUCUGAUGCUGUAGUUCUGGGAGAUGCCGAUGGAAGGAAUAUGAAGAAAGGAGAUAGAAUAGGCUAAAAGUAUUAUUUUGGUUAUAGCUUCAAGUUGUUUAUCAUGAAAACGAUGUACAACACUAGAUUGGAGCCAAGCUUUUACGUGAAAUUCAUCCAUUAUUAAAUAUUUGUAUUAAGAAAAAUUUUUUUAUAAUUUGUUAACUUUAUUUGACUAAUGGACUACAUCCAUUAGUCAAAUAAGUUCUGAGGACUUGGCUAAUAUUUGAGCAAAUAAAUAAGUAAAUCUGCCACCAAAUCUUAAGCCAUAUCUUAUACAUAAAAUUCAA